AUGCUUCUACGGGCGGCCGCCUUGCUCGGGAUCUCAGUGGUGUGCAUACUAAACGCCCAGGAUUGCACGUCGCAUAUCGGGACGAGAAACGUUUUCGGGCAAUACCUUCAGUGUAUCAAGCACUCACUCGAUCAGGAUUACAAAGGAUAUGAAGAAGAGCUGCGAGAAGAUUCGAAAAGAGCCGUGCAGGCUUGUUUCGCGUCAAAUAUCGAUGAUGGGAAUCGUCAUGAGAAAUGCGUGCUGACUGGAGCUGAUUUAGAGAAACCAGCUUGGGAUCGAAACGGUCCAUUGAGAGAUUGCACGAUUUGCCGAACGUUCGCUGCCGGUGCCAUCAAAGCGAUCAAAGCCACACCAGCCGACGAUCAGAAAUGCAUUCGACAAGAGAUCACAAAAGCAAUUGCUCGUGAAGCGAACGUCUGUUUGUCAAAGAAAAUCGCGAAUUUCGCCGGCGUUCCCGACAUUCCCGAUUUAGAAGAAGGAUCUUUCGAGUUCAAAGAUGACGUGAUCCAAUCGAUUUCCGAUCAUAUUUUGGUGCACUCACGGCUCUCGUUUUGUGGAGAGAGAAAGCCGAGCCGAGCUGAGAACAGCAAACGCUGCCUGCGAAGCCCAUUUGCCGGCUACUUGGAGAACCAUUGUCAAAUUAUUGCCAAUUGCGAUUCCCGGCUCGCCGUUGGGUCGUGUGCCACCCAGAUCCCAGCCACACGCAAUGCCGUCUGUGGUUGCAUCCAUGAAACUCGAGAAGAGCUCAAGCAACGCAUCGCCUCGAUCUCAGAGGUUUUCAAUGAGCUGCUUUCCGGCUCGUCUCGUGGCCCAGUGAUCGGCUCAUCUUCGAAGGUCGACGUCUGUGUUGCAGCCAUCAAAAAACACAUGAUCACUCCCGUGAACGACUGGGUGACAGUGAUCGACUCAGCCUUGUCUACUUGUAUCAGAAAGAAGCCGGCUGGUCAAAAUCUUGGGAUGGAAGCGUUGUUGAAUGUUGGAUGUAGAAAGGUAAUUGCUGAUACAACUGGAACGGCUUCUGGUCAGCUCAAAAUCGGCUUCGAUUUCGUUAACAAUUUGAUUGACGCCAUGGUGGAAAGAUCAGCUCGUUUCUGUGGCGGAGAGCAUUGUCUACAGGGU